AUGGUGCUCGCCGAGCUGGGGUCGAAGAUCAGCCGCGCGCUGCAGCAGAUGUCCAAUGCGACGCUCAUCGAUGAGGCCGUGCUGAACGCGUGCUUGAAGGAGAUCGGCAACGCGCUGAUGCAGGCGGACGUGAAGGUGGACCUAGUGAUCGGCCUGCGGGGCAACAUCAAGAAGCGGGUGAACAUGGAGGAGAUGGCCGCCGGCCUGAACAAGCGCAAAAUAAUCGAGAAGGCGGUGUUCGACGAGCUGUGCGGCCUGCUGGACGCGGGCACGGAGGGCGCAAAGUUCAGCCUGAAGAAGGGCAAGCCCAACGUGGUCAUGUUCGUGGGGCUGCAGGGCAGCGGAAAGACCACGACGUGCACGAAGUACGCCUACCACUAUAAGAAGGAGGGGUACAAGCCGGCGCUGGUGUGCGCGGACACCUUCCGAGCGGGGGCGUUCGACCAGCUCAAGCAGAACGCCACCAAGGCGGGGUGCCCCUUCUACGGCAGCUACACCGUCACGGACCCGGCCACCAUCGCCAAACAGGGGGUGGACAGGUUCAAGGAGGACGGGCGGGACCUGGUGAUCGUGGACACCAGCGGCAGGCACAAGCAGGAGGCGGCGCUGUUCGAGGAGAUGAGGGAGGUGUCGGAGGCCGUGCGGCCCGACCUGAUUAUCUUUGUCAUGGACGGCAGCAUCGGACAGGCGGCGUACGACCAGGCCAAGGCGUUCAAGGAUAUGGUGGAGGUUGGCGCUGUGAUUCUCACCAAACUGGACGGUCAUGCCAAAGGUGGCGGUGCCUUGAGCGCUGUGUCAGCAACAAAGAGUCCUGUCAUCUUCAUCGGGACAGGUGAACAUAUUGACGAGUUUGAAGAAUUCGAAACAAAGCGCUUUGUGAGCCGGCUUCUUGGCAAAGGGGACUGGGAGAGUUUCAUAAACAAGAUUUCAGAUGUCAUUCCCGAAGACAAGCAGCCAGAGCUGCUGGAGAACAUUGCAAAGGGACAGUUCAGCAUGCGCAUCUUGUACGACCAAUUUCAGAACAUACUGAAAAUGGGUCCCAUGAGUCAGGUGAUGUCCAUGAUUCCUGGCUUCAGCAAUGCUAUUUUCCCUAAAGGCCAUGACAAGGACAGCCAGUCCAAAAUCAAGCGGUACAUGACCAUAAUGGACAGCAUGACAGCUAAGGAAUUGGACGAAACGAAUAUCAAGGAGCUGUCGAAGCCAGCGCGCCUAGAGCGGCUGGCCAGAGGCUCUGGCAGGCACAAGCUUGAAGUUGAAGGGCUCUUGGAAGAGUACCGUCGACUCAGCAAGGUCUUCAGCUCUGCACUGAAGGGAAUGAAGAUCCCAAAGAACAUGAAGGGUGAUAUGCCUGUCAAUCCGCGAAAGAUGCAGGAGCAGCUACAGCAGAUGAGCAAGGUGCUCCCAUCGUCAGUAUUGAAACAAAUAGGAGGCGUUAAUGCACUGCAAGGCCUGAUGAAGACGAUGGGUGAGAAGCGGUAG